UUUAACAUUUUCUACGUGCGCAUAUUAUCUUUAUUUAAGAAAAUUGCGCAUUUGGUAGUGUCAUACGACUCGUGGCCUAAAUUUAUUUGUAUGUAUAAGUGUUCUUUGUUUACUCAGGGUUAUGAAACAAUAAGAGAGAUUCUGUCGCCUGCUGAGCGCCAGAUUAAACUGAACCAUGUCAGGCGACGUACAACCAAGGAAGCGUAAGGAUAAGAAGAGGAAAAAAGAUGAUUUGGGAGUAGAAGAGCCGCGCGGGACGGCGGCGGCGCUUGGCGAGGGGGAUGUGUUUAUGCACUCGCAGCACGACCACGGCACCGGGGGCCACUGGUGUGCCAAAAUUAUAUUCUUCUCUCUCCUCUUUGUACUGAUUGGGCUCAUUGGACUAAUUAUACUGGAAAACCGUGGCCUGUCUGAGUUGGAAGCUAAUGCUGUACAAUCCCAAUACUCCGGUGUGCUAGAAGGUUGGCUAGAAGAUGCCCCAGACGAUGACCACCAUGAUGAGCACACGCUGGAGCUAAAGCAUCAUGAUGAUCAUGACGAUGACCAUGAUGAGGAAGGAGAGAAUAGUGAAGAAGCAGACAACGAAGAUCAUGAUGACGAUGAUGAUGAAGAACAUGAUGACGAUGAAGAACAUGAAGAUGACGAUGAACAAGAUGAUGAUGAUGAUGAAGGAACUCAAGAAGAUGAUGAUGAACAUGAUGAUGGACCUCAAGAUGAUGAUGAUGAUGAAGGAACUCAAGAAGAUGAUGAAGAACAAGAAGGGAACGACAGUGCAGAACAGGAUUUAGAAGCUGACAAUGAGGAAGAAGAUCUCCCAUAUAGGAAUUAUUAUCAAGAAGACGCGACCGAACCUGAUGACGAAGAUGGAGAGAAUAACGAAGAUGAACUGGAUAAUGAUGAUGAUGAUUUAAAAAAUGACGAAGAUAAUGAUGAAGAUGAACAAUUUAGCAACGAAUUGGAACAAAAUUAUGAUACAAAUGACGAUGGUGAUGAAGAAAAUAAUCAGAGUAUUGAACAGGAUGAUGAUGACGACAACCAGGAAGAUAAUCUUGAUAACGGAGAUAGCAAUGAACAAGAAAAUGAGGAUGAAGAAGAACACGAGGAAGAAGAGGAAGACGCGUCACUGGAAGUGGAGAAAAUUGAGAAAGAAGCCCCCGAGGACGAGGAGCCCAUCGACGUCGAGCUGCCCGCCUUGCCUGAGGAAGAUGACGACGAUGAUGAUGAUAAGGACCAAGGAUCGGUCGAAGAUGCAGGCCAUGACGCCGACGAUGGCGACGACGGAGAUGACGGUGACGACGGUGACAACGGCGACGAUGACGACACCAACGAACCCGACGACGACUUCCUAGAGGCCGACGAUGACGAACCGCCCGUGGAACGUAUCACCGCGCCCUCUGGCAAGCCAUUCGAUGAGGUAGAGGAUGAGCCCUCAUCCGAGAAGCCGACCGACACGCUAGAAGAGGAGGAAGAGUACGAGAAGCGGCAGGAGCAGCUCCGCAAAGAGGAAGCAGAGGCCUCGCAUAUGUGGCUGAAGCUGAGCAUUGGCGGCGCCCUGCUGGUCGCCACGCACGCUAUUGUACGCCGCGCCACCGCCUCCAGUGAUGUUCCACAAUCUGAAGGUGCUAGAGAAGUGACACCCUCAGUAGACCGACGUAUGACUCUGAUUCCGGAAGAACCGCCUGAACCUGUUCCGAUUAAAAAGGUGUCACAAGAGAGCUCUCGGCCAAUACCUUCUAUUACAAGAAAAUCACCUACUUUCGAAGAAAGUGAGGAAGAAGGGGAAGAGGAACCUGUGACCUCUAAAAUUCAAGCAAUUAAAGAAGAAGAAAAUAAGGAACUUUACAGCGACGAAGAGGAACCCGAGGAAGACUUCGAGGAAGAACCAGUUGUUCAGAAAAAAGUUGCCCCCGCUGCGGCCAAACCUCCAAAGGAACCAACCCCAGAGCCUGAGGAAGAUGUCCCUGACGACGUCGAAAUAAUUGACGACGAACAAAUCGAGGAGGGCGAGGAGGAAGUAGAGGAUGAGGAGGAAAUAUCGGAUGUGGACGAUGAGGAGCUGCUGACGCGGCUGGAAGCCAAAUAUGGCCGCUUGCCGGAGCCCGAGCGACCGGCGAGACGCAAGGACGGCGGGAACAGUAUAGAGGCCGGGUGGCCGGGCGAGCCCGCCGACGCCUACUGGCGCCAGCAGCUCGAUGACGCCGAGCGAGAGUUCAACCAGGGCGCUCUGAUGGCUGCGGCGGAUCGAGCGAGCGCCGCGCAGCUGAAAACCAGUGCCCGCGCGCGUUGGAUUGUGGCCAAAUCCUUGGAUGCCGCGGCGGAGAGGAAACGAGACAACGUGCUACUCGGACGCGCGAUAGCAGCAUACCUCGAGUUGCUUAAGAUGAACGAACGACUGUCGAAUAAGAAACUGAUUGAAAUCGCAGAGAGAACUAUUAACAGGAUACAAUUUAGAGGCACCUACCUCAACGCGGAACCAGUGUACCGUCUGCUCAUUCGCCGGUUUCCUGACGAGCCUUCUCACAGGACCAAUUUAACUGUUAUGUUCCUGAUGGCCAAUAGGGCCGACCUAGCCGAAGAAGUGCUCAAAGAAACCCUCAAACGCUGGCCCAACGACCGCCUCGCCCUAGCCCAAUACGGCUUCAUACUCAAAACCCAGCACAACCGGCUCGAGGAAGCCCUAGACCACUUACAGAGGGCGCUCGAGGGAGACACGGGCCCCGCCACUGAACCUAGAUUUUAUUACCAUUUGGGAGAUACUUUAUUAUUACUAGGGCGGUUUGAAGAAGCCCACGAAGUGCAUAAAAGAGGCGCAGCUCACGGCCACUUCCUUUCGCCCGCUCAGCGCUCCCUAUACAAUGUUCCGAGGCUAAAAGGCCAACCCUGGUGGAAGAUAGAGGAAACUCCUUACAUUAAAUUAGCGCGUGAUUUAGAAAAGCAUUGGAAGGAAAUCCUAAAGGAGGGGGAAGCUGCGAGAGCGCUAUACGAGCAGGAGAAGGAGGGUCUGAAAGAGAGGGGGGAGUGGUCGCAGCUGGAUCUGUUUGUGAGAGGGAGGGAGAUAGACGGGCGGUGUGCGCGCGCGCCCGUCACGUGUGCGGUGGUGCGGCGGGAGGUGGCGGCGGCCGGCUGCCGGCGCGGACAGGUCAAAUUCAGCUCAAUGCGCGCCGGCACGCACGUCCGGCCACACGUCGGCCCCACCAACUGCCGGCUCCGGAUGCACCUGGGGCUCAGCAAUACCAAACAUACUUUCAUACGCGUUCACCAAGAAACCAGGCAGUGGGAGACAGGCAAGGUGUUCAUGUUCGACGAUAGCUUCGAGCACGAGGUGUGGCACAACGGCACGGGCUCGCGGCUCGUGCUCAUCGUCGACGUGUGGCAUCCCGAGCUCACCGCCGCCGAGCGGAGGCAGCUGCCGGCCAUUUAG